AUGGAGGUGACAGUGUUCUACAUCAGACUACGUGAGUAUUUAAGCUGUCGAGGAAUUCAAAACUCUGGUACCAAUGUAGACUAACAAGAACCUUUACUCAUAUCACACAUUUCGCUCAGCGUAACUUCUGGUUUGCUGAGAAAAUAAAGGUUAUUGUUUGGCCUUUAUCCCUCAGAGUCCUGUCUGAACUUUUAAAGUUCUCAGGUAUUAAGGCGCUCUGUGAUUAACUUCUUGUUCUUCCUCUGAAGUGCUGAUGGUGUCCAUGCAGCUGGGUGUUCGUUCCCAGAUGAUCGGUAAGUUUGUCUUUCUACAACUUCUUCUGCAGAGGAGUGGUUCUCUAACUCGGUAUCUUCUCAGAUCCAGCUCUUCUGAUCAUCCCGUCCAAGCUGCAGCUCUUUGAGUUCGAGUCCCUCUCCGUUCAGUGUUCCAGCGUCGAUGGCGUGACCGGAUGGGCGAUUUUAAGGAAGACAAAAAAAAGCGUUUCGGCGUGUGGAUCUCUGAUGUGGGGAACGUUAGUGAGGUCCUCCUGCACCAUUAAGGGGGCCUUUUCAGAGGACAGUGGAGAGUACUGGUGUGAGGCCGGAGGAGGGAAGAGGAGCGACUCCGUUCACAUCACCGUCACCGGUAUGUUACCCCCAAUUUUCACUCUGCUCUGAUCCGGAACCGCCGAAUUUCGUGGUGGAUUACGGACAGCAGGAAUCGCAAGAACUCACAAAAUGUCUCUUCAAUUUCGUUGACUAAAACGAGACGAGACAAAAUUGUUGAGUCGCGUUGUUAUUGUUUUCUGUUUCCUUGGCUGUGCGUCGCCUUGUUCAGUCCCUCAUAUUGGCAUUCUGCGGUGUCGGAAAAAUAGAACUCUUGCAGUCAGCUGUGGAGUCCAGCGAUCCACAGAGGAAUGGAAAGAAGCCGGUGGAAAUUGACACGUUAACUUGAAUGGUUACGAUCCGGUACGAUCGGCGGGUACGUCCUUUUCGCAGCCGUUCAGGAUGCGGUGGAAAUUGGGGGUUAGCCACGAAAACGAUUCAAUCCAACUUGUGUUUGGUGUUCAGUAACCGUCGAACCCUGUCAUUCAGCCGGUUCCGUCGUCCUGGAGAGUCCUGUCCUUCCCGUGAUGGAGGGGGAAGCUGUGGAGUUAAGGUGUCGACCCAAAAACGAGUCCUCGGACCUCACGACGGAUUUCUACAAGAACGGACUUCACGUUGGUCGCAGCUCAACCAGAGAGAUGACCAUCCCCAGUGUGUCUGUGUGCGAUCAGGGGAUCUACACCUGCAAAAUCAGGGACGGAUCUCCAGGAAGCUGGCUGUACGUCCGAGGUGAGUCGACACCUGGAACAACACGGUCUUGGCACGCUGUUGAUGGUUAUUAUCCACUCAGGACACUUGCCAGUUCUGAGUCAACAGGAAGUGAACUGGCCCUCGUGGUUGAUGUACAUGUUGGGGCGUCAUUUACACAUCAACAGUUCUUGUCUUUUGUCUUUACAGCAAAACACGAGGAGCUCCGCCCCUCCUCAGGUCUCGUGUUUGUCGUCUUCAGAAACAUCUUCCCCGUUCUGAUGAUGAUUCCUCUUCUGCUGUUGCUCGCAGCGCUGCAUCGUGGGAAAUUCAGAUGUCGACAAAACUAA